AUGGUAGACUCCACCAGCGUGCUACUCGUAUUCGUCACACUGCUGACGGGAGUGUUCGUUUGGUCGCGACGAACUUAUGUUUACUGGCAGCGGCGUCGCGUUAAAUUCGUGCAGCCCGUACAUCUGCUGGGCAACCUAAAGGAAGUGCUUUGGCAGCAGACUUCAUUCCCUUUACUGCUGCGCGACUACUACUUUGAUCCGCUCUUCAGGCACGAACCGGUGGUGGGUAUUUACCUCUUCCACCAGCCGGCGUUGCUGAUACGCGACCUCAAUCUGGUGCGCCUCAUAUUAGUGGAGGACUUUGUCAGCUUCUCCAUGCGCUUCUCCAAAUGUGACAAACGUGUAGACAAGUUGGCUGCAAAUAGUUUGUUCUUCGUACGGAAUCCAGAAUGGCGAGAGAUACGGACGCGGCUUUCGCCGGCCUUCACCAGCGGUAAGAUCAAGCAGAUGUUUGCACUCAUGGAGGAGAUCGGCUAUGAUCUCGAGGCUUAUCUGAAGCGCCUCACCGCAAACGGUAACCAACGGCGCAAUGCUGUGGUGAACAUCAAGGAGAUUUGUGAUAUGUACAAUACAGAUAUGAUCGCCAGCAUCGCGUUCGGACUGCGCUCGUACAGCCUGCGCAACAAGCAAACUGAAUUGGGAAGCCAUUGUCGUGAAAUGUUUACGCUCACAUUCAGGCGCGUCAUCGAUCUGUGUGUGAUAUUCUUUCUGCCGAAAUUCGUAUCGCUGCUGCGUCGAAAUCUACUCGCACCUGCACACGCGGAAUUCUUGCGUCGCACAGUGCUGCAGGUGAUCGAGGAGCGCGAGCGCAACGGUGAGAUGCGUAAUGAUCUCAUCGAAAUGUUGUUCACACUGAAAAUGGAAGCAGCACUCAAUCAGGAUCACACGCACUUCACCCAUCAGCAAGAUUACUUGGUGGCGCAAGCGGCCAUGUUCGAACUGACAGGCAUCGAAAGUUGUGCAGCCACAAUGAGUUUUGCGCUCUACGAGCUGGCCAAGCAACCGCUGCUGCAGGCGCGUCUGCGCGCAGAGAUACGACGAACCAUAGGCGGCGGCGGCGGCGCGCAACCCAGCGACAUUACUUACGAUAAGGUAAUGGGCAUGCAGUACCUGACGAUGGUGGUGGAGGAGACACUGCGCAAGUAUCCGAAUGUGCCGAUUUUGGAGCGUGAAUGCACACCGAUCAAUAAGAAGCGCUUCUAUCCAUUGCGCCCUUACGCCGAAUGCUUUGUGCGACGCGGUAUGCCCGUCUAUAUUUCCAAUCUGGCUAUACAUCACGAUCCACAGUAUUGGCCCGAGCCGGAACGUUUCGAUCCACAGCGCUUUACGCCGGAUAAUCGCAAACUGCAAACGCCUAUGGCUUAUCUGCCCUUUGGCGCGGGGCCGCACAACUGCAUCGGUAUGACCAUAGCACAGCUUCAGAUUAAACUUGGCCUAUUACAUUUUCUGCGCACGCAUCGUGUGGAGAUUUGCGAAAAGACUGUCGACAAUAUCGAAUUCGAUCGAAAAUUCUUGUUAUUGUCUAAUAAAAGCGACAUCUAUUUGAGUGUCGAGAAGUGUUUGUGAUGAUGAAUUGUGAAACGUUACAACUACGAGAUAAUAACCGCUGUCACAUCGUAGAGUAUGUUUGUGUUUGUUAAUAUGUAUGUAUGUAGCUGAGCUUUGAUAUCAACACCAAUUUGGCGCUUAUCAUUGGCCGAUAAGAAACUAUCUACAAAAACUUUACAGUCUUUAGUUGAAAUUAAAUUUAGGAGCUCGCAUUUCAGGCCAAAAGAUCAAAGCAACGCUUACGUUGAGCAAUAGCAGGCUUUCUUUCCUAUUUAUUGUUGUUUCUUUUACAAGCCAAUCUAACUUCAUAAUUUAAGGCCAACAUUUUUGUUUUGUAUUUGUAAUUUUUUACCAGUCAGCACUCAUAUGUAUUUGUGAAUUGUAUUUU